AUGAUGGUGAAGAUAAUGAUGACAACCGAUGGCGAUGGUGGUGAAGAGGAUGAUGACGAUGACGAUGUUGUUGGUGGUGUCGAUGAUCGCGUUACUGUUACUGGGAUGCAUCUGCCACUACUACUUCUGGUAACAGCUCUUCCGACAGUUUUAAGUCUUCAGUGUUUCCACUGUGGACCCUAUCUAAGCGCUCCAUCUCGGCAGUGUAAGGGAACUCCAAAAGCUGUUGACUGUACAGCGUCCAAAGGAUGUGUUUUUAACCAUGCCGAAAAAGAAGAUGGGACUUUUUAUGUGGAAAAAAGAUGCAGUUAUGUGGAAGAAGAUAGCCAAGCUGAGGGCCAGUGUACUGAAGUUAUUUUGGAGUAA